AUGCGAACUCUUUCGCCUCUCCUCGUAUACGCUCUUUCCGCCUCUGCUUUAUCCCCUGCAACAGUCGAGCUCGUUAAAGCGAGACUGAAAGAUGCGGCUAAGAAGAGUUGGGAAAUCGGAACAAGGGCUCAGGCGCUGUUGGAACUCGAAGCGCCUUCUGUUUCGGUCUUCACCGCUUCUUCUAUCCCAGGAUCUCCUGCAGUUGCUUCCUCUCCUUCUCUCAAUUCAACCACCCUCAACGCUGCCAGGCUCGCAUUUACGAAUGGGCAACUUGAUGAUGUGGUUGGUUUAUCUCAUGAAAUUCUAGCGAACAAGCAACAGGGCACACUUCCUCUAAUGAAAGAUGGAAGCUCUGCUGAUCCAGCAUCCAACGGCGUCGGGAUGAUCAUCGCCAACUGGACGGAAGCUCAGGGAUCAGAUUUUGCUGCUGCUGCCUCGGAUCAGUUGACUUGGCUCCUCGAACACGUCCCUCGUUCGUCCAAGGGUGCCAUCUCGCAUCGUAAUUCGGAAGUUCAACUCUGGUCCGAUUUCAUCUAUAUGGUUCCCCCCUUUUUGGCUUACUAUGGAGCGAGCACUUCCAACGCUUCCCUUGUCUCCGAGGCACACAAUCAAAUCAAGUUGUACAGGGAUGUUCUGAGGGACAAGCCUACAGGUAUAUGGCAACAUAUCCGUCAAGGGUCUUUUGAAGAUAGGGGGUUGUGGAGUACGGGUAACGGAUGGGCCGCGAUGGGUAUUAUGCGCGUGGCUGCUACUAUCCGCGCUGCCGGCUAUUCUUCCCAGUUCAAAGAGGAAAUGAACGAUUUCGAAACACGGACGGCAGAAAUUUUGGACGGAAUGUGGCCCUUGAUUACUGAAGAAGGCUUAUUCUACAACUACGCCAAUGAUCCAAAAACCUUUUUGGACGCGGCUGGGACUGCCUUGAUGGUUGCUAGCACCUACCGCGCAGCGACCAUGUUUAAUAAUACCAAGCACCUGGACAUUGCUGAGAAGGUAUACAAGGUCAUUGGCGGUACAGAUUCCAACUCUACCUCUACCUCUUCCACUUCCUCCAUUCCUGAGCCAACUGGGGAGACAAAGAAACAUCGUUCCAUCCGCCAAGUCCACCACCGUGUCCAGCUCUCGCAACUCAAGCAUACGAACGAAAACCACGGACCCAUCGCACGCGCCAAUGCUCACCAUCGUUCCGAGACUCACGUUAGCCCUCGUGCCUCGGUGCAUCUCACAUCCGACGGCUGGCUCAACCCGGUCGUAGACCCACACUCAUUCAAGAAACUCGGAGAACACAGCGCGGAAGGACAGGCGUUUGUGAUCAUGAUGUAUGCUUCGCGAAAUGACUAUCUAGUCCACUCGAAACUCAAGAUCGGAGCUCGGCCGGGUGGAUUUGGGGCGAAUGUUGUUGGGUUUUCCAUGACCGGCGGUAACAAUGGGUUGAAUUCUACUCGUGGUGCGGGCGGAUUGACUGGUGUCGGAAAUGCUGGCGUUGGUUUGGUUUCUGGUGGUUCGGCAAACGAGGAGAGGAAGAAUAGUGACUAUAAAUCGGCCGGGUUUGAAGUCGGAACGAUCAUCGGAGCUGUGGGUGCGGUGCUUGCGUGGAUCAUGUGA